CUCUCUCUCUGGAUUUAUACCUACUGUAAUGCAGUUGGAGAAAUAGAGUAUUCGGAAUCUAUUGUUUGGUUUGUGAAAAUGGCGGUGAAUCCGAGCCAAGAGCAAAGCCAAGAUUCCCUGAAUUUUGUUAAAUUACCUGACGAAGGAACCAAAGGUCCUCUUUGUGAAUCACAUUUGGAUAUGGUGAACCUGAAGACUCCAAUUUCAAUGGAUGCCCAAUCAAAUGGUGGAAACCAUGCCAACCUGAAAAAUGAUAGCUCAGAUGCUUAUGGCUCAUAUUGUUUGGCCAUAGAUAUUGACAAAAGAAAAUUUGACGCACCUAAAUCCACUGAGGAAAUGAAUGGGAAUGUUAAGACGGAUGACUAUGUAUCUAGUAUGUUUCAGAGAGAAAUUUCAUCACUGAUGGGAGGAAAGUUCAUGCAACAGAUGAUGAAUAACAGCUUUGAGUUACCCAAAUUUGCAUGUAAAGAUAAAUGUUUGACCGAGAAGGUAUAUGAUACACCUAGCAACAGAUUGAGAAAAUACAAGCGCUCUGCAUCUUUCAAUUCAAGAAGAGUUGUUCUCCUUUUCUCAGUCAUGUCGUGCAUGGGGACGAUCGUACUCAUUUAUCUUACUCUAAGAGUUAGAAUGAGUGGUGAUUGGGCUGCUAAUGUUUAGCAUCUACUUCUAGUCUUCCUGUCGCGUUUGCGUCCAGCAUUUGUGAAAAGAGUUUGCUAGGUGACACUUUUGAAUGAGUUCUCUUUCUUGCUUGUAUUUUAUCUUAAUGUUUCAUGAGUAGGAAUCGUUCUUCAUCUGUACAUAAAGUUAGCAGUUAGUAUACAAGUUG